AUGAGGGAACCUGUAGCACAUGUGGCGGGGGACAGUUGGAGGUUCCUUCUGCACGCUCUUCUCUGCUACAAGGCUAGCUGUGGUGGCCUUGGUCCUCCUCUAUAGCAGCAGGUACAACGAGAAUGAAGCUCGUUGAGGAAGUUGUUGCCUUACCAGUUGGCUGAUCUUGCUCCUCCGCUUUCUGGUCAACUGCUGGCGGUGUGAUUGGGAGCUGGUCCACAUGAUCCAGGCUAACAGCUAGCCCAGUUGCUGUUGUUGCUAAUGUUAGCUCAUCAUCAUCGGCGGCGGUUGAGUGGAACUGGAAGCUGGCUUACUGAAAUAUCAAGUUCGUUUUGAUAAAACAAUAUGAGCAUAUCUUGGUCCCGGAACUCUUUCAGCCUGUGUUUUUUCUUUUUUGGGCCCCACUGCUUUCUUUCGGACAUUUUGAACUGGCUGAGCUAGCUAGAGUGGACGUGACUUUGAGGAAAAUCAAAGGCAGCCGGCAAAUUACGACUAUUAGACACAGCCAACCCAUUGCGCCAGAGACAACAAAUCAAUUAUUACAAUUCCAAAUAUGGACAACUGUCAGUCAGCUGCUGGCAAACCACCUAAUUCCAUAAAAAAUAAAAAUAAAUAACCGAUUUUUUCCUGGACUGGGCUACACCCAAGGUUAUUUUUAAAAAACUUUUUUUAAUUUUAGUUGCAAUUUUCUUUCUUCUAUUUUUUAAUUUUAAUUUUAAUUUUUUUGUGGGGGUGUAGAUCAGCUUAAUAUUGCAGAUAGAUUGUAACUUCUAUCAAUGUAAUUGUCUGCAUCACUUCCAAUCCCCCAUGUUUUUUAUAUAUAUACUCCCCUUUAUUACUUUUCAACCCCGCCAUCCUUUCCCUACUUGGGGUAAAUUAGUGAACAACAAUGCCCAGGCCUCUACUUCCAGCCUAUACUUACUAUCUACACCUUAUGGACACAGUCAAUUUUACAAUAAUUAUAUUUUAUUUGUUUUUGCUCCUGAACUACUUCUACUCUCAACCGCUCCGAUCAUUUUCAAGAUGUCCAUCCGGUUUGCUUCUAUAUGCCAUAUCUUUCUAACUGUGCUCUUUCCCAAAAGCUCCCAACAUACAACAUAUAUACUUAUUAUGGACACAGUAUGCUUACAUUAUUAGUUAUCUUGUUAUUAUUUGUUGUUAUUUGUUAUUAGUCCCAUCCUUCAACUCCAUUCAAUACCUCCCAUCUAUCUCUUAACACCAAGGUUAGCAUGUGCAUUAAAACUCCCCUGAGUAUAGAGUAUCUUUCUGUCAUGCAAUGUUGCAUACCCAACAUUUUGAACAUGAACAGCAGAAGAAGACAUCCAACAAAACAUUUAGUAAUUUUUGGGUGAUAUAUCUAUUACCAGGCAAUUCAUAUUGUUAUUAUGAUGAAUUGUAAGCAUAGCCGCUGGUGCUGGGGGUGCUGUUGCCCCCCCUGAUAAAUUGAAAAAUAUAUAUAUACAGUACCAGUCAAAAGUUUGGACACACCUACUCAUUCAAGGGUUUUUCUUUAUUUUUACUAUUUUCUACAUUGUAGAAUAAUAGUGAAGACAUCACAACUAUGAAAUAACACAUAUGGAAUCAUGUAGUAACAACAAAAAAGUGUUAAACAAAUCAAUAUAUAUUUUAUAUUUGAGAUUCUUCAAAGAAGCCACCCUGCCCGUAGCGCGCUCUCUCUCUCUCUCUCUCUCUCUCUCUCUCUCUCUCUCUCUCUCUGUCUCUCCCUCUCUCUCUCUCUCUCUCUCUCUCUCUCUCUCUCUCUCUCUCUCUCUCUCUCACACUGUCACGCCCUGGCUCUGGGACUCUGUUAUGUUGAGCCAGGGUGUGGUGUUUCUAUGUGUUUUGUGUGCUAGGGUGAUUUUCUAGUUCAUUUGUUUCUAUGUUGGCCGGUGUGGUUCUCAAUCAGAGGCAACGUGUAUCAGCUGUUGAUUGUUGUCUCUGAUUGGGAACCAUACUUAGGCAGCCUGUUUUCCACAGUGUGUUGUGGGAUCUUGUUCCGUAUGGUUUGUAUUGUAACCAAGGACUUCAUGUUUCGUAUCGUUUGUUGUUUUGUUCGUGUGGUGUUCUCUGAAGAAUAAAGUAUGUUCACUUAUCACGCUGCGCAUUGGUCCACUUCCUCCGACGAUCGUGACACACACUCACACUCACACUCACACAUACACACUCACACACACACCAGUUGUAAUUACAGUAUGCAGUACAAAGAAAUGUGCACUAUGUUAACAAUAGUCUAUUCCUAGGCGCUUGAGUUUCAAGUUUGGGGAAGCUUACAUUUUAUCGUACCAUCUACUGAUCUCCGUGCCAGUUAUGAUUUCCAUAUGCGCAUUUUCAUGGAACAGUUUCAUUUCAAUAGUAGCGUUUUCAUUUCUCAAAAUAAUUUUAACUUGGUUAAUAAUACAAAAGGGAAUUAAAAUGAUAAAAGUUAAAAUGUCACUAAUGCGAGAGCACCAGCCUUUGACAUAUGGACACAUUGAUUCACUGUGAAUCAUUGGCGGCUAAAGAAAUGAGAGACAGCCUAGGCCAAUGUAGCAGUAGGCCUAUAACUUCUAUUGUCAACUAUAACCUGGUGGUUAUCGAGGGGGAGGGUGUUGGAUUUUUCAAAUCCUGUGAGGAAAUAUAAUUGACAAUGGAUUUUUUAUAUAUAUAUAUAUAUAUAUAUAACUAACUCAUUAACUUACUGUGUGAGGUGAAGAAAACAUUUCUGAGAAGCUCGGCUUAUUAGUGGUGGUGAGUUCAGACAAUCAGACAAUAAUGGUAUGAAAUACAACAACAACAAAAUCUCAUACGUGUAGCAGGUUUUGCAAACAACGUUUCCACUCCCACUUCCCAGUAAACUUCACAGUAAAUGACUGUAGGACUAAUUCAUCCGUGCAUUAACAGAAAUUAACAGAAAUCCACCCUCCACCGCCAGCCCCCCUGCUCUCUGUGCUUGUCUAGCCCAGGGAGAUGGCACCAUGCCUGGGGAUGAGGUAUGGUUCCAUAUUUCAGCCUGGCGGUGGCAGCGCUGACGGAUGGAUCAUUAGACGUUUGCCUCCCCUCCCCUCCCCUCCCUUGCUCGCUCACUGCAGCCACGGGUGUUAUUUUCAGCCCUGUGAGUAUAGAUCCGACGCGGGAGAGGAGGUGAUCUGGCAGGCAGUCACUAACCCCUGAUGGGUGGACUGUGACUGUUUCUCAGGGAGUGUGUGUGACCGAGAUGUGUGUGUGCGUGUGUUUGUGUGUAACAGGUGCGUGUGUGAGUGACACACAGUGAUGUUGUGUGUGGGUGUGUCUGUGAACGUGUGACACAGAGAUAUUCUGUGUGUGUAUCUGUGAAUGUUUGUGUGUGCUGAGUUGGAGGAGGGGAGAUGUAUGGCAUAGGGUUUAUAUGCAUGCAGCUGUGGAUUUGUGCGCACAGCCCACGUAGUCAAGUGCUCAGCAAUGGGGUGUUCAGCAGGGCAUAGUAUUUCAGGUGGUGUGUUGUUUAGUACUUUCAGCUUGCUAACUGCCCUUGAAAUCGGUAGAGCCUAUGGUUCCUCAAACUUUGCUUUUAGCAUAUUGUGAGGAAGUUGGUUUAUACUGUUUUAGACUCUAUUCAAUUUUAGGAUAUAACUUUUCUAGCUUGUCAAAAGAUGGCACAGAAGUGGUCCAUCAAGUAUAUAGAAAGAGAGAGGUCCAACGUUGACAUGGUUUGGGGGCCGCACUUGGUCCAUUUGCUUUUAGGGGCGACUGCUUUAUGACUGGCAUAUAAUCCUGUUUUAUUGCUCAGAUAGGCAUAUGCUGUCCCCAUAAAAAGGAGUUAGCGCUGGCCUGCCCAGGGUAAGCAGCUUGUGGGAGCAGCCGACUGCAUGGGGAGACUCACCGACUGUGUCCUAAAAAGCACCCUAUUACCUGUAUAUUGCACUUAUUUUGACCAGGGCUCCAUAAGGCUCCGUAGGGCUCCAUAGGGCUCCGUAGGGCUCCAUAGGGCUCUGGCCAAAAGUAGUGCACUUUAAAGGGAAUUGGGUGCCAUUUGGGAUCACAGCCACUGUUAAACCCUGAUAUUUACAGCAUAUUUGGCCACUCCAAAUCUCUGUGCUCAUGUUUGUCUCAGUGUUGUUUACAUUCUAACAACAUGGCCAAUUACAUAUUUAAAAAUUAUAAAUCUUGCAAAUCUCAUGAAGCCAUUUGCAAAUACCUCAAAGGAGUCCAUUUAAGGUCGAUAGAGAUCAUUUGGAUUUGUCAAGCUCAACCUGACAUCAACCUGAAUUCAACCUGAAAUAACCUUAACUCAACCGGAAAUCAACUUGAAGUCCACCUGAAGUAACCUUAACUCAGGACUGUAAUGACUAACAACUUUUCCAGAUAGCACCACACUCGAUGAACAGCUGGCUGCUCUCCGCGCUGCAGUACAAGUGAUUAAAACCUAAUCAGUUGAAGAUAUUGAUAAAACUAAUGUAGCGGAUCAUCCUCCCCAUCAUAAUGUAAUUUUCCAGACAAUACCAGAGCUCUAGUUUCAGACAAGAAUAUACUCUUCAGGCUAAAGGGGGGGGGGGUUUAUAUGCCUUGGCUGAAAACACAAUGAAUAACAUGGGCCUAUUGUAAUCUCUCUUUAUCAAUCGACUCCAUUCCAUUCUCCACCCCCACUGGAUCUUUAUCGCUCUAUCCAUCAAAUUGUUUCUCAGAGCUAAGCUUGCCUCCAACGGUCAUGUUGAUGGGAAUAGGGGGCCUAAGGCCACACAGGUGGCAGACAGGGCUGUCCCAGGUCUACGACCCAAAAUUAUGAAGACAACCUUUCUAAUAUAGCACAAAUGUUCUGUACUGUAAAAGUCCACAGUGGUCCUGGACAUGUGAUGCCUUUGUCGUUUUGUCCAUCUUGACUCAAGGUUUGACGAAGAAUGUCUCCACAAUGAUAUUCAUUGACAUAACAUUUUUACUUUGUCUACUCAUGAUUAACCCUCAGCUAUCUUGGUCCUCUGCCCUUUGUUGAUGGUGAUGCUGACUGUCCCUCUCUCUUUACACAGUGCUGGUCCUGCUGAUCGUCACCAUGCGACGGAGGAAGAAGGAGCCCCUGAUCCUGGACGAGGAGCGUGACGUGCGUGAGAACAUUGUGCGCUACGACGACGAGGGCGGUGGCGAGGAGGACACAGAGGCCUUCGACAUGGUUGCUCUGCGCAACCUCAACGUGUUCCGCGAGAGCGGUGGCAAGACCCGCCGUGACGUCACCCCGGAAAUGCCCACCCUCUUCUCGUCUUCCCGGCCGCCGCCGGACAACUGCAUCUUCCGCGAGUUUAUAUGGGACCGGCUGAAGGAGGCCGACGUGGACCCGUCGGCGCCGCCCUACGACUCGCUGCAGACAUAUGCCUUCGAGGGCAGUGGCUCGGCCGCAGAGUCCCUCAGCUCGCUGGAUUCCCUGAGCACGGACUCGGAGCAGAACUACGACUACCUCAGCGACUGGGGGCCACGAUUCAAGAAGCUGGCAGACCUCUACGGCCACAGCGACGGCGGCAACCUCUUCGCCUCCUAG